AUGUCUGGAAUUCCUCGGAAGCCGGUAUUGAACGCAGUCCAGUGGUCGAACAGCAGUGCGGCGGCCACUGCGCCGCCCCCGCCUCAGGUCAGCAGCGUUUGCCCGGGGGAGGAGCCGGACGCCGCCACUGACGUGAGCCCACCGUGCACAGAGGAGUCGGCCGCCGAUCCGGCCACCUGCUCCAUCGUGGCCGGCCGCCAGACCACCAUUGAGAUCAACAGGGAGCAGAUGGGUCUGGGACUGAGUGUCGUCGGUGGCUCGGACACACUGCUGGGAGCCAUUAUCAUCCAUGAGGUGUACCCCGACAGCGCCGCCUCCAAGGAUGGUCGCUUGAAGCCCGGUGACCAGCUGCUCGAAGUAAAUAGCGAAAACUUCCAAGACGUCUCACACAACAAGGCUCUGGCAUUGCUGCGACAGACGCCGGCCAAGGUGCGGAUGCUGGUGUACCGGGAAGAGGGCGCCGCCAAAGAGGAGGACGUGUUCGAGAAGAUGGACGUUCAGAUGGUGAAAAGGCCUGGCAAGGGGCUGGGUCUGAGCAUCGUCGGCAGAAAAAACAGUCCAGGCGUCUUCAUCUCGGAUGUGGUGACUGGCGGUGUCUUUGGCCAGUCGUCUUCUCCCAGUGUCAAGAACUGGGGUCCGACCAGCCACCUCUCGUCCUGGACGCGAGCCGCGUCGCGGCCGCUGCUACACGGCUGUCCAGCCGCGCCCCUGCACCUGCCACCCCACCUGCCACCUGGCCGUCUGCUGGUGGAGCUACAGCAGCCGGCAACGGCCGGCGCGCAGCGGCAGCCGGGUCGGCUCCCUGUCCCGCAGCAGUCGCAGCACUUGUAG